CCAAAGAGGAAGAUGCAAGACACAACAGAGAAGAUAUCCCUGGAACCAUCCAAACAGAUGAGGCAAGUGCUGAAGAAAAUGCUGCAGGGAGGACAAGAAAUGAAAGGAGAGCCUGUGCAGAUGGAAGCAUUUCCCGGAGGAAGCAGUGGUUCUGUGCCAGCCUCUGCUGCAGGAAGGGAGGCCAUGCCAGGCACAGGCACAGGAGAUGAGGUUGCUUCUCCAUCAGCUUGGAUGAAUAAAGAUUUGAAGCCCUUGGAGCCUCCUGCAGAUGUGUCUCCAGGGAGGACUUCUCCAGCUCCUACCUUGGAUUUUGCACUCAAGCCCAGCUCCCAUCACAGUGGUACUCCAACAGGGAAAAUCCAAGAUACAACAGAUAAGAUGUCCCUGCAACCAUCCAAACAGAUGAGGCAAGACCUGAAGGAACCCCUGCAGACAAGAGAAGAGAUGGACAUAGUGCUUCAGUGGAAGGUGGCAAUUCCUGAAGGAAGCACUCCAUCUUCAAUGCGAGCCACAGCUGCAGGGAGGAAGGCAAAGCCAGACACAGGCACAGGCACAGCAGACUGGGAUGCUGGGACGGUUCCUCCAUUAGCCUGGCGCUCUGAAGUUGUGAAGCCCUCUAGGCAUUCUGCAGCCGUGUCUGAAGGGACAACUCCACCAACUCCUACCUUGGAUGCUGCACAAAAAGCCAGCUCCCAUGGCAGGGGUCCUCCACCAGAAGAGAUCAAAGACAUGGCAGACAAGAAAUUCCUGGACCCAUUAGAAAUCAUGUGGCAAAUGCUGAGGGAACGUCUGCAGAGAAGGCAAGAAAUCAAAGGAGAGCCUGUGGAGAAAGAAGCAUUUCCCGGAGGAAGCAGUGGUUCCGUGCCAGCCUCUGCUGCAGGAAGGGAGGCCAUGCCAGGCACAGGCACAGGAGAUGAGGUUCUGGAAAGGUGUCUCCAUUACCUUGGAUGAAUAAAGUUUUGAAGCCCUUGGAGCCUCCUGCAGAUGUGUCUCCAGGGAGGACUUCUCCAGCUCCUACCUUGGAUGCUGCACAUAAGUCCAGCUCCCAUGGCAGGGGUUCUCCAACAGGGAAGAUCCUAGACACAACAGAUAAGAUCUCCCUGGAACCAUCUAAACUGAUGAGGAAAGAGCUGAAGGAACCCCUGCAGACAAGACAAGUGGAUGGAGAGGCUGUACAGAAGGCGGCGUUUCCCGAAGGAAGCACUGGCUCCAUGCCAGCCUCGGCUGCAGGAAGAGAG